CGUGGAUUCGUUGCAUUCGGCAGCAGGUUCCAGCUUGAGCUGUGUUUCUAAAUGAGUGCGUGUGAGUGUGUGACCGAAGCCGUACAUUAAAGUACGAUAACUGAUUACAUCCGAACGAUGGCUCCAUUGAACAACUCCGAAGUAUUGUAUGCGAACUCAUUCGAACCUCACGAGCAGUACAAGAAAGGGAUCAACGCUGUGCUGCUAGGGCCACCGGGCUCCGGCAAGGGCACUCAGGCCCCUAGAUUGAAGGAUGAGUACAAUGUGUGCCAUCUGUCCACGGGAGAUCUGCUCCGGGCCGAAGUGGCUUCGGGCUCCGAGCUAGGCAAAACUUUGAAACAAAUUAUGUCGGAGGGUAAACUCGUUGAUGACACCCUUGUGGUUUCGAUGAUUGAGAAAAAUUUAGACCGGCCCGAGUGUCUCAAUGGUUUUCUGCUCGACGGCUUCCCCCGGACUGUUGUUCAAGCUCAGAAACUCGACGAACUCUUGGAACGUCGCAAGACCCAACUGGAUUCGGUGAUCAAUUUCAGCAUCGAUGACAAUCUCCUCGUGAGGAGGAUCACUGGUCGUCUUGUUCAUCCCUCCAGCGGUCGGAGCUACCAUGAGGAGUUCGCACCUCCCAAGAUGUCGAUGAAGGAUGAUAUUACCGGCGAGCCUCUGAUCCGGCGGUCCGAUGACAACGUGGAAUCUCUGAAAACGCGAUUGGAAUCGUACCACAAUAAAACAUCUCCGCUGAUCCAGUACUAUCAGCAGCACGGGAUCCACUCGAAAAUCGAUGCGAGUCAGAAAUCUGAUAAAGUUUUCGGAGACAUCCUGAGUGCCUUCGAGAAAGCACGGAAGCGUUUCCCUACGAAGCCAUCCGAGAAUUGAAGAUUUAGUAACAAAGUUCACGGAGUGCAUGAUGCUACACGAGCGAUUUCGUUUGCGAUGGAAUGAAAUGUCUCCCUUAAAUUUCAAUUUCGCUUAUUGAACGGAGUUUGCUUCGCUGUCGGCGAGGAAGAGACGGAGAAACAACGACGCGUCGACCCUAGAGGAACCUGAGCGAAGUGUGAUAAAGAGGAAUUAAGCCUACGAACCUAAUGGAAACUGCAAUCUCACUACUGAAAGAUCCACAGUGGAAACCACCGCGCUCAAAACGCUCGAUGGAUUCGGAACGAUUCGCUUACGUGAUAAUUGAAGCUUUUUUCAAGCUAGCAAGUUCAUCAUUUCAUAUACCUAUCCACGGCCGGAAUCAAUUUGUUAUGAGCCAA